AUGGCUACCGUACACCACGGUCAACCCCAUGUUGACCCCCAUGAUGAUGACUCUCUUCUUGGUGAUGAUCUGAUUGAAGCCGAUGACGCCAUCGAUGCGGAUGACCCCCUGCGCGAUACCUCCGACACGGCCCCUCUGCGAGGCAACAUCGAAUCCAACUCUGGCAGCCGAAGCAAUGCCCCGGGAUAUGGCAACUACCUGACAUCUUCUAUCGGUGGUGAAGAUCGCCGCGCGACGCAAAACACUAUCGACGAGACCGUAUGGGAGACAUUGUCACGCGACUUGGUUGCCGUGUGGGAGAAGAUGCGCCAGGUGCUGUGGCCGAAAUACUUGCUCGGAGGAAUGAUGCAGCGCGGAGGCCGCGGUACCGCUGAUGCCGAGCAAGGCGGCGUAUCAGGAUUUGGUAGUAACGUUCGGGGACUCGUUGGACGCUGGCCGGAUGCCGACGUGGUUCUGCAGGGUGGAAUGAGCGACGGAUUGCGGGAUUGGGAUCUCUGGGGCCCGCUUAUCUUCUGCCUGGUGCUGAGCUUGUUCUUAUCUGUCGCAAAGGGUGAUCAAUCGUCGGUGGUGUUCUCGGGUGUUUUCUGUCUCGUCUGGAUCGGAGAAGCCGCCGUGACGCUUCAAAUCAAACUCCUUGGUGGCAAGAUCUCCUUCUUCCAGUCGAUUUGCAUCAUCGGUUAUACGUUAUUCCCCCUGGUCAUUGCGGCAAUGCUGAGCGCACUGGGUCUUCCUACCAUCGCACGGAUACCAGUAUAUCUGGUGUUAGUGGCAUGGUCUCUAGCAGCCGGAGUAAGCAUCUUGGGAGGCUCGGGGGUAGUGCGGAACCGAGUCGGCAUUGCAGUGUACCCGCUCUUUGUGUUCUACAUUGCGAUCGGGUGUCUGUGUUUCAUCAGUUAA